GACAAACUGAUGAUAGUGGUGGGAAGCCUGUGUGCCCUGAUCCAUGGCUCAGCUUCGCCUCUCAUGCUCCUGGUGUACGGCAUGAUGACCAACACUUUUGUGGCUUAUGAGCUGGAAGUCCAAGAGCUCAAAGACCCAAACAAGGAGUGCAUAAACAACACCAUUCAUUGGACCAAUGGCUCCAUUUAUGAAACAACUGACAAUACCACGGUUUCUUGUGGGGUGAAUAUCGAAGCACAGAUGACCAUGUUUGCAUAUUAUUACAUUGGCAUCGGGUUAGGUGUUCUGAUUGUUAGUUACUUUCAGAUUGUCUUCUGGGUGUCAGCAGCUGCAAGACAAACUCACAAAAUCAGAAAAACGUAUUUCAGGAAAGUUAUGCAAAUGGAAAUUGGAUGGUUUGACUGCAACUCUGUUGGGGAACUGAACACAAGGAUAUCUGAUGAUAUCAACAAGAUCAACAAUGCUAUUGCCGAUCAGGUGUCCAUUUUCAUCGAAAGGAUCUCAACGUUUGUGUUUGGCUUCACGGUUGGAUUCAUUGGCGGGUGGAAGCUGACUUUGGUUGUCAUAGCAGUCAGCCCUCUGAUUGGCAUAGCUGCUGGACUCAUGGCCAUGGCUGUGGCCAGACUAACUGGAAGAGAGCUGACAGCCUACGCAAAGGCAGGAGCAGUGGCAGACGAGGUCCUGUCAUCCAUCAGGACGGUUGCAGCGUUUGGAGGGGAGGAAAAGGAAGCUGAAAGGUAUGACAGAAACCUCAUUGAAGCUCAGAACUGGGGUGUAAAAAAAGGUUCAAUUAUAGGAGUGUUUCAAGGAUACCUGUGGUGCAUCAUCUUCCUGUGCUAUGCCUUGGCCUUUUGGUACGGGUCUAAACUAGUCAUUGACACCAAGGAACUGACUCCAGGGAGCCUAAUUCAGGUUUUCUUUGGAGUGCUGAUGGCAGCUAUGAACCUUGGCCAGGCCUCACCAUGUCUGGAGGCCUUUGCUUCUGGUCGGGCAGCAGCAAAAAAUAUUUUUGAAACAAUUGAUCGGGAACCAGAAAUUAAUUGUUUCUCAGAUGAUGGACAUAAAUUAGACAAAGUAAAGGGUGACCUGGAGUUCCACAACAUCACCUUCUUCUAUCCAUCUCGACCUGACGUUAAGAUUUUAGAUAACCUGAGUAUGCAGAUUAAGGCGGGAGAAACGACUGCUUUUGUUGGACCGAGUGGAUCUGGAAAGAGCACCACAAUUCAACUCAUUCAAAGAUUUUAUGAUCCACAGGAAGGAACGGUGUCUUUGGAUGGCCAUGAUAUUCGCACAUUAAACAUCCAGUGGCUCCGUUCUCUCAUUGGUAUUGUGGAGCAGGAACCAGUGCUGUUUGCCACAACUAUUGCUGAAAAUAUACGCUACGGCCAGCCUGGAGUAACCACGGAAGAAAUCAUCCAAGCAUCAAAAGAGGCCAAUGCUUACAACUUUAUUAUGGCUCUCCCACAGAAGUUUGACACACUAGUGGGUGAAGGUGGAGGCCAGAUGAGUGGAGGACAGAAGCAGAGGAUUGCAAUAGCUCGAGCUCUCAUCAGAAACCCUAGGAUCCUGCUGCUGGACAUGGCCACAUCAGCCCUAGACAAUGAGAGUGAAGCUGUAGUCCAAGAAGCUCUGGAUAAUGUACGUGCAGGAAGGACAACCAUCUCCAUCGCCCACCGUCUGUCCACAAUCAGAAAUGCAGAUGUGAUUGUCGGAUUUGAACAUGGACGUGCUGUGGAGAGAGGAACGCACAGCGAGUUACUAGAAAAGCAAGGCGUGUACUUCACUCUUGUGACCCUGCAGAACCAAGGUUCACCCAACACAGCUAAUGAAGUCAUUACUGAACCAAAUGAGGAUGAAUUUGAUCUAAAAGUUGGGAAUUCUAGACAUGGAAGUUGUAGAUCUACCAAAAGCAGGAGGUCUGUACGCCUGCGAUCUCGGAGCCAACUGUCAAGUGACUUUGUCCCAGACGCAUUGUCCGGAAGCUUCAUGAUCCCUUCGGAUCUCCAGAUAACACCUAAAGAUGUGACUGAGGAUGACCCUGAAGAAAACAAAGAGUCAGCUCCAGUUGCACGGAUCCUGAAGUACAACCAACCAGAAUGGCCGUACAUGCUGUUGGGAUCACUGGGAGCUGCAGUCAAUGGCUCAGUCAACCCCGUCUAUGCGGUCCUGUUCAGCCAGAUUCUCGGGACUUUUGGCGUUCAGGACUUAAAUCAGCAGCGGAAAGAGAUCAACGGGAUCUGCAUUCUGUUUUGCAUUGUGGCUGUGAUCAGUUUCUUUUCACAGUUUCUGCAGUUAAUUGAUGGUCACCCAUCCCAUGCCGUCAACGUUCCCUUCCUGAGGUCUCAGAUUGGCAUAGUGUCACAGGAACCAGUUUUAUUUGACUGCAGCAUAGUAGAGAACAUCCAAUAUGGAGAUAACACUCGGACUGUUGCCAUGGAGGAGGUUGUGGAGGCUGCCAAGAAGGCCCAUCUUCAUGACUUUGUGAUGGGUCUACCAAAUAAAUAUGAGACUCAGGUUGGUGCCCAGGGUUCACAGCUGUCAAGGGGACAGAAGCAACGCAUUGCUAUCGCCAGAGCCAUUGUCCGAAACCCCAAAAUCCUGCUGCUAGAUGAGGCGACUUCUGCUCUGGACACAGAGAGUGAACAGACUGUUCAGUCUGCGCUUGAUGAAGCAAGAAAAGGACGAACCUGCAUUGUCAUUGCUCACCGGCUCUCCACCAUCCAGAAUGCAGACAUUAUAGCGGUAAUGUCCCAAGGAGUGGUCAUCGAACAAGGCACACAUGAUAAACUCAUGGCUAAGAAGGGAGCAUAUUACAAACUGGUCACAACAGGAGCUCCGAUCAGCUAAUCACUUGGAGCAACAAACAAUAUUAAGAAUCUUUGAUAAAAUAAAUCAGUACAUCACUGUGAA